GAAGAGGCCGCGCCUCCGACCGAUUUUUCACUGUUGAAUUUAAUGGUGCCCUUUCGCCCUCGGCACACCAUCCCCGUCUCCGACGCAUUCUCAUAUGUCCUCGUCCACGCCCAACUUUGCAUAUAUGCUCCUCUCCUGCGCCGUGGAUCAGCAUCCGACAGAAGAGAACAUCCAGUCUCUCCGAUCAAACUUCCACCUACCGCCAGAUUCCUCCUACCGACCACUGGAUCACCGUCUCUUCCAGCGGCCGCUCGCUCUACUGCACUGAACCCGACUGGCGCCGGCGCAUCCGGGCUCAAGAUCGACCGACUCUACUUUGCUGCCGUGCUGGAACUGGAAGUGUAGCAGGGGAUCGGAUGUGCAGACCAGGAACCUCGUCGACAGUGGACACGGGAUGUUCCGCGAUCGGGGUUUUCUUCUCGUGCAGCUCGCUCCUCCCGACGCCGUCGGACCGUUGGGCCGAGCUCUGGUCGGAGGACAUGGACGAGGAUGGGGAGGAGAUGCUGCGCAUGACGAUGAUGAUCAACAGUGUAACACCAAUUGAUGGCUCCGUGGAUGUUCCUGUGGACAAGGGCCAUUGCUCGCCGGUGCGUACGCCGACGAGGCCCUCUCACUCCGCCCGUGACCCACAUGGUAUCCUCGUAGACAAGUUCAGUGCCCAUGACCAUGAGAGACGACCGGGCACCGCAGAGAAAGACGAGAUUGACAAUGACAAUCACGAUGGCUACACUGCCGCAACCACAAAGCAGCAUUCUGCCCACAUGGUAAUGUGCUCUCCACCAUACUCCGUGAGGAGAGUUCGAGACCACACGAUAUACCACUGCAACAUUUGA